AUGGAAUAUUCAGUUUCUCCAAAUUGUGAUGUUAUGCAAACUUAUGUGGAUUCAAUAGAACUUCGUAUUUCAUUGAUUGUCAAUUUGAUAAUUGCAAUUGUUGCAUUUCCAAUUUUAGUAAAAUCAAUUAUUUAUAUUUGGAAAACUGAUACAUUUCAUAGAAAUACAAAAAUGCAAAUAUUUGUUCAUCUGAUUGCUCUUCUGAUUCAUGUUAUUGGAAGGUAUUUUUUUACUCGAUUUUAUGAACAUAAUCAAAUAAAAAUAACGUGCUUUUAAAAAUAAAAAAUGGGAAAUGAAAUCGUAAAUUUCAUGUGAAAAAUAAUAUGUUUAUUUCAGACUUGGUUUACAUUCUCUUGAUCUUUUCAAUUAUUUUUCUCUGGGUGGUAAUUCAUCUGCUUGUGAAAUAAUUCCAAAAUUUUAUCGAUGUUUGAUUCUGCGUGCAUUCUAUAAUAUUGGUCUUGCACUUUCAUCAAUGUGUUCAAUUUGUUUGGUUUUAGAAAGAUAUGCAUCUACCGUAUUCUCUUCAAAUUAUGAACAUUGUGGUCCAAAUUAUGGAAUUUCUUUAGUUUUUGUUCAAAUACUUUUAGCUACUAGUUUUAUUGGAAGUCUUUAUUUUUAUGCAAGUUUUCAACCCGGUGAUAAUGUUUUAUAUUAUUGUCAAACAAUUGCCAGUUCUCGAGGCAAUAUAUUUUUUGUUGUCAUACCUUUGUACUCUGUUUUAGCGACACAGAUUAUUGCUCGGUUUAUGUUCAACGUUUUAAUAAAAAUAAACAAGGUUAGAUUGAAAUUCGGUUUCACUUUCAAAAUUGAAUGUUUUCACAGAAACUUCGAACUCGUCAAAUAAUUUCAUUGAGCACUCGAUAUAAUUUGGAUCAAAGUAUUCGAUCAAUAAAUGUUUUGACACAUGCUAUAAAUUAUAGCACAUUUGUGUUUAUUGUUUUAUCUAUUGUUACAACAACACUUCAUUUGUUUUCUUCCCAUUUUUCAAAACCAGUUUACAUUGCUCUAGUUGAAGCAGUUCAUAUCCUUCCAUUAUAUUCCAUCGUUGUUCCAAUUUUGAUCUACAAGAAUUUGAGUGAUAUUAAUAAAAUGGAUAAGAAGAAUCUCAAUAAAGCAAUUCAUACUGGAUCCGAUGCAUAUUUUACACUUUUCGCAAAACAAAUCAGUUAA